CUAACCACAACGCAAGGGUUCGUCAUAGUAGCCAUUGUUUACGCCCUUAGCAACACUCUGGGCAUCAUGGAGGCGAUCGUCGUCAGUGCCGUGCCAACCGUCGAGGACCAGCCUUUCCCGAGAGUGGGCCUGCUGUACGCAUACACGUUCAAGGGUAUUGAGUCAUCCUUCAACUGCUUCUCGGCCAUGAUACUGCUCUUCGGCGCCGUAGGUAGGAUCAAGCCCGCACUGACGGUGUUCCUCUACUGGAACGUCUUCUCCACCAUCACCUGCAUGCCGCUCAACAUCGGCCUCUUCCACACCAAGUCGGGUGACGAACCCUACUCGCUGGUCAGGAGGGUCUCCAUCAGGCGGAAUAUGACGACAACCACUGCUCCACCGGACAGUUUUGACCUGACGUCCAUUGCCCGCUUUUUCUCUCAACUUGCAACGGUGGAGUAUUUCUACGCCAGGAUGGCCAUCACGAUCAUAGCAGCCCUCGUUAAGGGGUACGUGCUUUUCGUGUACAUCGGCUUCUACAGAGAUCUUCACGACGUGCCUUACAACUACAUGCUCCAGGAGUGA